AUGGCUAAAGACUGCUCGCCACCACCAUAUCAACCUUUUGAUCCUUCCACCCCUGCAGCGACACCAGCGCCAAUAGCCACUUUCCAGAUCGACCGUCCCAUGCAGCAAGAUUACUACAUAUACACCAAUCCCAACAAAGAUGACUUCUUGAGGGUGGAGGCCCAUACAUCCGGCAUAAAGAGCGACCUAGCCUUCUACAGGAGCAAUGCGCCCCACCGUGAAUUGAUGUCUUGUGAUUUCAAGGAAAUAACCAAGACGGUUGAUAAGGCUUUCAUCAGAAUGCCAACAGGCGAAAUGGACGUAAUUUGGUGGGCUGCAGGUCUGGAUCCCAAGAUUCCUAUUUCCGUCCAGUAUCGGUUUCAGGCUAGGUUGCGGGAUCCAGUGGAUCCGUUUGCUAUUAUCUCAGGCCCAGUCAAUUCUGUGAAUUCGCAACCAUUUUACUGGCAAGGUGGAUCUGAAUGGAAGCUGGUGCAUGAGGCAACGGGUAACGUGGCUGCUAUUGCGCGCGAUGUGGAUAUAGCCGCGCGCAAAUAUGGCUCAAUUGAUAUUUUGAUGUCUUAUGGUGAUACGUUCAGUAUCAUUGUUUUAUCAUCUUAUAUGACAAUCUGUGAGAGGCUCAAACGGGAGGCUAAAAAGCAUCGGUUCUGGUAG